GCGUCUAGCAGAGUGCGCCAUGGUUGCUUUGUCGCCACCGCCGUGUACUGAGCAUUUGUUUUCUCUUCAACCGGCAGACGCGAUGAGCAGCGUGCCACUUGUGUGUUUUGCAAAAAUGAGGGGAAAAGAUCCAGACGUGCAAGGCUGCGCUCAGGUUUUGGGCCGCGCUUGACGCGGGGAUCGCGAGGAAAGUGACCUGUUGCCUCUUCGGCUCCCAAUCUCUCUGCUCUAGGUACUUGGACAUCACGUCCGGCCGCACCGCACGGCGUUGCUCUCGUGAGAGGAAGAAGCAUCGUCCUCCGGAGUUGAGGACAUGGGCGACGCGCGGUCGGAGGUGCCGCUGGCCGUGCUCCAGGACCGCCAGGACUCGACGGCGACGCCACAGCUGCCCGCCGACGCUGGCUCCGGCACCGGGCAACAAGAGAAGCACGCCGCACCGGCAGACGUUACCCCUCCAAUGGGCGAAUGCAGAACGGAGUACAGGGGCCUGCCCGACGCCAAUGGCGAGGACGCGGGGACGGUGCCGGCCGCGCUCCGCAAGGUGUCCAUAGUCCCGCUCGUUUUCCUCAUCUUCUACGAGGUCUCCGGCGGGCCGUUCGGCAUCGAGGACAGCGUGGGCGCAGCGGGGCCGCUCCUCGCCAUCGUCGGCUUCCUUGUCCUCCCCGUCAUCUGGAGCAUCCCGGAGGCGCUGAUUACCGCGGAGCUGGGCACCAUGUUCCCGGAGAACGGCGGGUACGUCGUGUGGGUCGCCUCGGCGCUCGGCCCCUACUGGGGAUUCCAGCAAGGGUGGGUGAAGUGGCUCAGUGGCGUCAUCGACAAUGCCCUGUACCCCGUCCUCUUCCUGGACUACCUCAAGUCCGCCGUGCCUGCCCUGGGCGGCGGCCCGCCGAGGGCGUUCGCGGUGCUCGGACUCACGGCGGUGCUGACGCUGCUCAACUACAGGGGGCUCACCGUCGUCGGCUGGGUCGCCAUAUGCCUCGGGGUGUUCUCCAUCCUUCCUUUCUUCGUCAUGGGGCUCAUCUCGCUGCCCAGGCUGCGGCCGGCCAGGUGGCUGGUGGUCGACCUCCACAACGUCGACUGGAACCUGUACCUCAACACGCUGUUCUGGAACCUCAACUACUGGGACUCCAUCAGCACGCUGUCCGGCGAGGUGGACAACCCCGGCAAGACGCUGCCCAAGGCGCUCUUCUACGCGGUCAUCUUCGUGGUGGUGGGGUACCUGUACCCUCUCCUGGCCGGGACCGGCGCGGUGCCGCUGGACAGGGGCCAGUGGAGCGACGGCUACUUCUCGGACCUCGCGAAGCUCCUCGGCGGGGCCUGGCUCAUGUGGUGGGUGCAGGCGGCGGCGGCGCUGUCAAACAUGGGCAUGUUCGUGGCGGAGAUGAGCAGCGACUCGUACCAGCUGCUGGGCAUGGCGGAGCGGGGCAUGCUGCCGGCCUUCUUCGCGCGGCGGUCGCGGCACGGGACGCCGCUGGUGGGCAUCCUCUUCUCGGCGUCGGGCGUCCUUCUGCUCUCCUCGCUGAGCUUCGAGGAGAUCGUGGCCGCCGAGAACUUCCUCUACUGCUUCGGCAUGCUGCUCGAGUUCAUUGCCUUCGUGCUGCUGCGCGUGCGCCGGCCCGACGCGCCGCGGCCGUACCGUGUCCCGCUCGGGACCGCCGGGUGCGUGGCGAUGCUGGUGCCGCCCACGGCGCUGAUCGUCGUGGUACUGGCGCUGUCGACGCUCAAGGUGGCGCUGGUGAGCCUCGGCGCAGUGGCCAUCGGGCUCGUGCUGCAGCCGGCCCUGAGGUUUGUUGAGACGAAGGGGUUGCUCCGGUUCGCCGUCAAUACGGACCUGCCGGACAUCGGCGUCGGCCAGUCAUCCGCCUCGGCGGAGGAGCCAGUGACACCGUAGAAGCCGACAUAGAUUUGGCAUUCGCGACGCAAACUGGAAAAAAGGAAAAAAGUUAGGAUGGUGUUCAGGUGACUGUCUCCGGAUGACUGCGACCUUGAGUCGUACUGCAAGUCUGCAACUGCAACAAGGCAGGACGGAUACGGGAUACCUGCAGUGUUCUGUGUUCAGCUUGAUUAACAGGGAUUUAAAAACUGCUCCGGUUUUCUACCGGGCCGGAAACGGUUUUCCAGCCGAUUUUAUAAAAAUCGUCUAGAAUUAAAAAACAAAAAACAUGCUAAAAAACUAUAUGUUUUCUGAGUAACUUAAUAUAUCUCAUUUGAUUUUUAAUAUUUUA